AUGACACAUGAGGGGGGAUUCCAUCUGAGUGGAAACGUCACCGAGGCAGCAAACCAAGGGGAGCCGGAGCGGGUUUACCGCGUCUCCAUCAGCUUCGACCGCUGCAAGAUCACCUCUGUAACCUGCAGCUGCGGCAACCGGGACAUCUUCUACUGCGCCCACGUGGUGGCGCUCUCCUUGUACCGCAUCCGCUGGGCCAGCCAGGUGGAGUUGCGCCUGCCCAUUUCCGAGACCCUCUCCCAGAUGAACCGCGACCAGCUGCAGAAGUUUGUGCAGUACCUCAUCUCGGAGCACCACACGGAGGUGCUGCCCACCGCUCAGCGCCUGGCCGAUGACAUCCUGCAGCUGGGAUCUGAGAUCAAUCGUCUCAACGGUGCUCCGGACCCCACAGCUGGGGCAGGAAUUGAGGAUGACAACUGUUGGCACCUGGAUGAAGAGCAGGUCCUCCAACAGGUGAAGCAGUUGCUCUCCAAUGGGGGCUACUACGGUGCCAGCAAACAGCUGCAGUGCAUGUUUAAUAAGGUCCGUGAGAUGCUGCGCAUGCGGGACUCCAACGGCGCACGCAUGUUGACACUGAUGACAGAGCAGUUCAUGGAUGAUCCGAGGUUGGCACUGUGGAGACAUCAGGCCACCGGGAUGACCGAUAAGUGUCGUCAGCUGUGGGACGAACUUGGUGCUUUGUGGGUAUGCGUGGUCCUCAACCCCCACGCCAAGCCUGAAGAACGGGCAGGGUGGCUGGAACUGUUGAAGAAGUGGGACCAGAUGGAAGUGUGCCCGUUGGAGGAAGGGAACUACAUCAGUGAGCCACAAAGCUCGGCUGAACCCAGGAAUCCCCCCGGUAAGCCUGGCGACGAAGCGUUUUAUCAUCAUUGAGGCAUUUGGUGUAAG